CCCGCGCAGCGACCAAUGAGGCGUGCGCCUUCGCCCAACGCAAGUGACCAAUGGACGCGCGCGGCGGAGGGCGAAGGGCAGGCCCGGCGCUGCCGCAGACGUUGGGGGUGCUUACUCGCUCCCUCCGGUCGACGCUAUCAAAUCAUGCUGUUUGGAAAAAUUUCCCGGCAGUUGUGUGGCUUAAAGAAACUCCCAUGGUCAUAUGAGUCCAGAUACUUCUGGGGCUGGUUGAAUGCAGUAUUUAAUAAAGUAGAUUAUGAACGUAUCAGGGAUGUCGGCCCCGACAGGGCAGCCUCUGAGUGGCUGCUGCGCUGUGGGGCUAUGGUGCGCUACCAUGGCCAGGAGAGGUGGCAGAAUAACUACAACAACCUCCCAACAGGCCCUCUGAACAAAUACAAGAUCCAGGCGAUCGAUGCCACAGAUUCUUGUAUCAUGGGCAUUGGAUUUGAUCACAUGGAGGGCCUACAGCAUGUUGAAAAAAUAAGGCUAUGCAAGUGUCAUUAUAUCGAGGAUGACUGUUUGGAGAGACUUGGUCAACUUGAAAAUUUACAAAAAAGCAUGUUGGAAAUGGAAAUAAUUUCAUGUGGGAAUGUCACAGACAGAGGCAUCAUUGCUUUGCAUCAUUUAAGAAAACUCAAGUAUUUGUUAUUAAGUGAUCUUCCUGGAAUAAGAGAUAAAGAGAACCUUGUCCAAGCCUUUAAGACAGCAUUACCUUCUCUGGAACUAAAAUUAGACUUGAAGUAAAAUAAUAAUCAAUAAGUGCCUUAUUCAGUGUAAAGUAUCAUUUAAAAUUGUUGAUCCUACACAGCAACAAAUAUAAUCAACAAUAGAACUAUAGGGAUAUCAUGACAUUUUAGAAGCAGAGUCCAUCAUGUAGAAAAUAAAUAUUCAGAUAUGACUCACUAAAGUUACUAAACUGGAAGUGAGGGUUUUAUGUACAUUAAAUCAUUUUAAGAAAAAUGCAAACUAGGUAGCAUUUUAAUUC